AUGGCCCGGCAUAUGCAGGAUACCGACAUCGCUGGUCGUUAUUUGGAAAUGGUGAAUGGUUUCGAGCAGAAGAGGCACAAAGGCUUUGUAAUAGUGGAGGACAUCAGUCAAAAGGUCCGCGUGGUUAGCCUCGACAUCUCGUCCGAAGUCUUCAAGAAUCGCAAUUCGACUCUCUCGAUGGUGGUUCGCAAGUUCCACAAGGCGACUGAACAAAAGCGUAUUUGGAAACAAACCAGGCUCUGA